AAACAGUCUUCAUCCACUUGACUCUCUGGACCCGCCCACGUGUGGCCAACCCUUUACGUUUCGGACGCUUUUGCCGCAGGUUCAUAUGCUAAAACCAACCUUAUAUGGACUGAUCAGUCCGAUAAGUGAUUGUUUCCCCCUUGGUACCCAGCAGCAGCACAGUACCCACGAACUCCUCCGUCGUCUUGGGCAGGCUUCCUGGAUUUACGGAACUGAAUCUUCCGCUACUUUACCAGCCAAUGGUUAGCACUUACGUUGUACGUUUUUCUGCAACUGUUCAAUCUCAAAAGGCACUGCUCGGACUGUUUUAUAAUCUAAGCGUUGAAUCGGUUUUUUGUGCUUUGGAACAUCGUAUUUCCAAACUGGUGGCGCAACUUUCCUGCGUAAAUUACCACAGAAUAUGUCGUUGACCAACACGAAGACGGGAUUUUCUGUGAAGGACAUUCUGGACCUCCCUGAUACGAAUGAUGAAGACGGAUCUAUAACUGAGGACACAGAGGAGGAUACAGAGGGAUCCGAAGAAACAAAACCGACUGACGUGUUACAGCAAAGUCCCUUAGAAAAUGCUAAAAACCUGUCUGUAAAGAGUCCAUUUUAUAAUGUGCGUGAUAAUCCUUAUACAAGAUGGCUUGCCACAACGGACAGCUUUCAAUAUUCAUUGCAUGGUCUGUCAGCUAAUUCUCGCCAGGACUUGUCUGCCAAAUCACCCGAACCUUCCGCCGACGAAUCGCAAGACAAUGACAAAGAAACUUCAAGCAACGCCAGUGACUCCUGCAAGAAGAGAAAAAGGAGGGUUUUGUUCUCCAAAGCUCAGACAUACGAACUGGAGCGGCGAUUCAGGCAACAGAGAUACCUUUCGGCACCCGAGAGAGAACACCUUGCUAACUUGAUCCGUCUGACACCGACUCAGGUGAAAAUCUGGUUUCAGAACCAUCGCUAUAAAAUGAAGAGAGCUCGGGCGGAGAAAGGGAUGGAGAUGGUCCACCUCCCUUCCCCACGGCGUGUAGCUAUACCUGUCUUGGUCAAGGACGGUAAGCCUUGCCACUCCCAUAAAGCUCAGGACCUGACUUUUCAGACUGGGAUCCCUCUCUCAGCAUACAGUGCCCAUUCCCUCCAGCAUAUGCAAUAUAAUGCGCAUUACAGUUCUGCAACAAUGUCACACUUUCCCGCAGCGCAUCACUUGGUGCAGCAUUGGACUUGGUGAACUAUUGAGACAGCAAGGGGCCUGCGUCAAGGAAAAGAUACGGAGGAAAAGAAAGUAUUUGCAGUUUGAAGUUUGAAAAAUAUCAGCUACUUUAUUUAAAAGCUGAUAUUUACGCAACGUUUACAGAAUGUUCGUCGUAAAAAUCGGGUCAAGCCUAUCACUAAGAAUGUCAAUACUCGUGUAAUUUUUUGGUAAAUUAUGCUAAUGUAUUAUAGGUAGGCCUGUUUUCUUUAAUGUCACUCGUGUAUCAAGCACGCGCAACACUUUAAAAUUACAGCUAUUUUUCUUUUAUAUUGAACCUAAUUAUUUAUGGCCACGAAUAAACCCUGGCAAGUUUUAAA